CCAUCCAUCCCUACUAGCUAUUAGCUAACUCCUGAGAAGAAGAAGAAGAAGAAGAAAAGUUUUCAGAUUGCCCUCCAAAUUUUCCAAUAAUUCUCCACUAGAUGUCGCUGCUACAACGCCCAAUGUCUCUCCACCGGAGACAGCAGCAGAAGACUGGCUUCUUCCCCCACCGCACCAUCCCCCUCCUCGCCCUCCUCGUCGUCCUGGGCGUCUUCCUCCCCUGGACCGGCACCCUGGAAGGCCUCUUCUUCUCCUCCACCGACCGAGAGGGGUCUCUCUCACGAUGGAGGGACCACACUUUGGCCCAAGCUGCCGCCUUUGUGGCCAGGAACGGCACCCUCAUCGUCUGCGCCGUGAGCCAGCCCUUCCUCAACAACUGGCUCAUCAGCAUUGCCCGCCAGAGGCAUCACGAGAACGUGCUAGUCAUCGCCGAGGACUAUUCCACCCUCUACAACGUCAACCAGAGGUGGCCCGGCCAUGCCGUCUUGAUUCCCCCGGCUCCUGAUGCACAGACUGCUCACAAGUUUGGCUCUCAGGUAUUUUGGGUUCCCUCCAGCAGGCCUCGGCAUCUUCUUAAUAUUCUGGAGCUGGGGUAUAAUGUGAUGUACAAUAUUGUGGAUAUGGUCUGGUUGGCGGAUCCAUUCCCUUAUCUCAAGGGGAAUCAUGAUGUCUACUUCACUGAUGACAUGGCUGCUGUGAAACCUCUGAAUCACUCUUAUGAUUUGCCACCACCUGCGAAAAAGGGGCGAACAUAUAUCUGCAGCUGCAUGAUUUUUCUUCGUCCUACAAAAGGAGUGAAAGAAGUGAUGAAGAAGUGGAUUGAUGAACUCCAAGAGCAGCCAUGGUCUAAGAAGGGAAAAUCAAAUGACCAACCUGCUUUUAACUGGGCUUUGAACAAAGCUGCAGGCCAUGUGGAUCUUUAUCUGCUGCCCCAGGCUGCAUUUCCAUCAGGAGGACUCUAUUUUAAAAAUGAAACAUGGGUACAGGAAACUAAAGGCAUGCAUGUCAUCAUUCACAAUAACUACAUCAGUGGUUUUGAGAAGAAGAUAAAACGCUUCCGUGAUUAUGGGCUCUUGGUAAAAUAUAAGCAGGCCGGAGAAAUUUUUUGCACCGCAUGCGGUAUAAUAAAAAUGAUGUAG